AAGACUCCCAAGUCCACGUUUCAAAACCGACCUACCCCACUCCCCCUCCUUAUAUAAUGCCCCGUUUUCAUUGAAGACAACGUUUCAAUUAUAUUAGCAGCAAAAGCUUUGGAAAUUGCUUAUUUUCGUCUCCGUUUUAUCUGCUCCAAGAUUGUAAUUUAGUGAUUUAGAUUUGAUUAGUUGAGGAGCCAUGGCCCGUACCAAGCAGACCGCUCGUAAAUCUACUGGAGGAAAGGCUCCCAGGAAGCAGCUCGCUACCAAGGCUGCAAGAAAAUCAGCCCCAACCACUGGCGGAGUGAAGAAACCCCACCGCUACCGCCCUGGAACCGUCGCUCUUCGUGAAAUCCGGAAAUACCAGAAGAGCACAGAACUCCUCAUCCGCAAGCUGCCUUUCCAGCGCUUGGUUCGUGAAAUCGCGCAGGACUUCAAGACGGAUUUGAGGUUCCAAAGUCACGCUGUGCUUGCGCUCCAGGAAGCAGCGGAGGCUUAUCUCGUUGGUCUUUUUGAAGACACCAACCUGUGCGCAAUUCACGCCAAGAGGGUUACCAUCAUGCCUAAGGAUAUUCAGUUGGCUAGGCGUAUUCGGGGCGAGCGUGCCUAGGUGGAAGGAUGAUACAAUUGUUUAGUGUUUGGUUUGUAGUGGUUAGCUAGGGUUACCAUUAAUUAUGUUUGUGCUUUUUGUUGUGCUCUGAGGGCAGAGCACCAAACAUUUGUUUGAAUUUUUAUGUAAAUUUACAUAUUUUAUCGACAAGUAAUUCUGCUGUUUCUUCCUAUGUUC